AUGGAGGAGGCGACGGGAUCGGACAAUGAGGAGCAGCUGGCGGCCACGCCGGCCCUGAGCCGGCUGUACGGCCAGCAAGGAGGCAGGGAGGAGCAAGCGCGUCCCCGUGACGAUCCCUACGCCGAGGCCUCCCUCGUUUUGGGGGUGCGGCCAGCCCUUCCUACGUUUUCCAAGGAUCGGAGGGGAACCAGGAGGUUGGUAAUGAAAAGGAAGGUGCUGAGGCGCAGACCCGACGGAGGAGUAGAGGUCUCCGACGAGUCGGUGACCAGCGAGCCGGAGAGCGACACCGAGGUUUGGAGCCUGAGGCAGAAAAUGCUUCAGCUAAGGACUGGUCCGGAAGACAGCAUCUCCGAGGGGGAAAUGGAGACGAGCGGCAGCUCCCUCGAUGAAUCCCCUUACCGGUGGCCCCGCGGGGACAGUCCCCCCUUUCUCCUCGGGGAUUUCGGGAGCCGGAGCUCUCCCGCUUCUCAGUACCCCGCUGCGGCGGAACAACCCAAGUCCUUCAUUCCUCCACGGUUUGAACCGCUGGGCCGUAACGGGGGGAAAACCGACCGAGUGGCCAAAUAUUUUGAAUAUAAACGCGAAUGGGAGAAAUUCCGAAUCCCGGGGGAGGAUCAGCGGCAAGAACUGCGCUGGGGCAUCCGGGAGCAGAUGCUCUGCAAGCCCGAGCUCCCCAGCAAGCCGCGGCACCUCUACGUCCCCAACGCUUACGCCGUGCCGACCGAAAAAAAGAGAGCGGCUCUGCGCUGGGAGGUGCGCUGGGACCUGGCCAACGGCCUUCUCCCCAGAAAAAACACCUCCGCCUAGUUUCCUAAAGCCCCGCUCCACACCAAUGAUCUUUGAACAUUUUUCCUCCUCAAAAUCCUCGAUAAUUUGGAAAAUCCAGCCCAAAAUCUUUCCCAUUUAAGACGAGAAGGUACGGGGGGGAGCAGGCAGCCCAAAACCACGCGGCCUUGCGAGACUUUUCGAAUAUCAGGGGAAAUAAUAGAAUGAGCCUGGCGAUUUAUUUUCUUUUUUUGGCGUGUAAUCGCCCCUGGAUUGUUGCGUGAGCUAUUAAGGAUGUUUUAUUUACGGCG